UCUCGGCAGACCUGUCGGCGGCCAAGCGUAAGUUUGCAGACUCCCUCAACGAGUUUAAAUUCCGCUGCAUCGGCGACGCUGAAACGGAUGAUGAGAUCUGCAUAGCCAAGUCUCUGCAGGAGUUCGCCACAGUGCUGCGGAACCUGGAGGACGAGCGGGUGCGCAUGAUCGAGAACGCCAGCGAGGUGCUGAUCACGCCACUGGAGAAGUUUCGCAAGGAGCAGAUCGGGGCUGCUAAGGAUGCCAAAAAGAAAUACGACAAGGAGACGGAGAAGUAUUGUGGUGUCCUAGAAAAGCACUUAAACUUGUCUUCUAAGAAGAAAGAAUCCCAGCUUCAGGAGGCAGACAGCCAGGUGGACCUGGUUCGGCAGCAUUUCUACGAAGUCUCCCUGGAGUAUGUCUUCAAGGUGCAAGAGGUUCAGGAGAGGAAGAUGUUUGAGUUCGUGGAACCUCUGCUGGCCUUUCUGCAGGGGCUUUUCACCUUCUACCACCAUGGCUACGAGCUUGCAAAGGACUUCAGCGAUUUCAAGACAGAGCUGACAAUCAGCAUCCAGAACACAAGAAAUCGUUUUGAAGGAACAAGGUCAGAGGUUGAAUCUUUGAUGAAGAAGAUGAAGGAGAAUCCUCACGAGCACAAAAACAUCAGCCCUUACACGAUGGAGGGUUAUCUCUACGUGCAAGAGAAACGUCACUUUGGAACUUCCUGGGUGAAGCAUUACUGCACGUACCAGAGGGAAUCGAAGCGGAUCACGAUGGUGCCAUUUGACCAGAAAUCUGGAGGAAAAGGGGGAGAAGACGAAGCUGUUAUCCUCAAAUCUUGCACACGGCGGAAAACCGACUCAAUUGAGAAGAGGUUUUGCUUUGAUGUGGAAGCUGUCGAUCGACCUGGAGUGAUCACCAUGCAGGCACUUUCAGAAGAGGACCGCAGGCUGUGGAUGGAGGCAAUGGAUGGCCGGGAACCGGUAUACAACUCGAACAAGGACAACCAAAGUGAAGGCACUGCCCAGUUGGAUAAUAUCGGCUUCAGCAUUAUCAAGAAAUGCAUACAUGCUGUCGAAACAAGAGGGAUCAAUGAGCAAGGGCUCUACCGAAUCGUUGGAGUAAACUCUAGAGUUCAAAAGCUGUUGAGUAUAUUAAUGGAUCCCAAAACAGCCACUGAAACAGAAACAGAGAUCUGUGCAGAGUGGGAGAUAAAGACCAUUACUAGUGCACUGAAAACCUACCUGAGAAUGCUUCCAGGGCCGCUCAUGAUGUACCAGUUUCAAAGGAGCUUCAUCAAAGCAGCGAAACUGGAGAAUCAGGAGUCGAGGGUGUCAGAGAUCCACAGCCUCGUUCAUCGGCUCCCAGAGAAAAACAGGCAGAUGCUGCACUUGCUCAUGAACCACUUGGCAAAAGUUGCAAAUAAUCACAAGCAGAACCUGAUGACUGUUGCUAAUCUGGGUGUGGUAUUUGGGCCAACACUGCUUCGACCUCAAGAGGAAACAGUUGCUGCCAUUAUGGACAUCAAAUUUCAGAACAUCGUGAUUGAAAUUUUAAUAGAAAACCAUGAGAAGAUAUUUAACACGGUGCCAGAGACUCCACCAUCGAACUCGCAGCUGCUGUUAUCUCGGAAGAAGAGCACGGACUCGAAGACUCCCUCCUGCAGCGAGAGACCACUGACGCUUUUCCAUUACUUGAAAUCUGUUCAUCGAAAGGAGAACAGGAACAGUAUCAUCAACUCCAGCCUGGAAUCCGUCAUCUCUUCAAAUGUAAACAGCUUCCUCAACUCCAGCAGCGCUCCCCAGCCCAGCCUGAACUCAAGUGAUCUUGAACUAGAAGUAAUUAAACCCAACAGGCCAAAUUCACUCCCUCAGAAUCCAAGCCCAACGUCACCCCUCUCACCGUCCUGGCCCAUGUUCUCCGCGCCAUCAAGUCCUAUGCCCACCUCCUCUACGUCCAGCGACUCAUCCCCCAUCAGGUCUGUUGCAGAAUUUGCUUUGCUUUUUGUUGCUUUUGCUAUUUUCUGUUUAAUUUACUCGGUUUCCCCCACUUCACUUUCCUUUUCCCUUUGCAUCCUGCUCAAACUCCCCCAACACAGCUAUCUGCACUCAGCAAGAGAGGACUCACCACUGCGGAAAGCCCGAGCUUUGUAUGCUUGUAAAGCAGAACACGACUCAGAGCUCUCCUUCACGGCAGGCACCGUGUUUGAUAACGUUCAUCCAUCCCAGGAGCCUGGCUGGCUGGAAGGGACCCUCAACGGGAAGACAGGAUUAAUCCCCGAGAACUACGUCGAGUUCCUAUAA